CCACACCUGUCAUACAGGUCACAUGACGAGGAGGAGAAGCAGAGCAAUGAUGAGGAUGAGGAUGAGGAUGAGGAUAUAGUGAUGAGGAUGGUCAAAGCAUUUUGACGAUGACGUCCGUGAUGAUGAGGUUGAUGAUGAUGAUGAUGAUGAUGAAGAUGAGGAUGAUGGUGAUGAUGAUGAUGAUGAUGAUGAUGUAAAGGACAAUAGUCAAGGUGAUAAGAAUGAUUAGGGUGUUAAUGAGGACGACGACGAUGAUGAUGAUGAUGAUGAUGAUGAUGAUGGUGAUGGUGAUUAGGACGAGCAUGAUGAGGAUGAGGAUUAGAACGAUGAAGAUGAAACUUGAGGUUGUGAGGAUGUGACAAUGAGGAUGAUCGUGGUGAGGAUGAGGAGGAUUAGAAGGGGUAGUAGGAUGAAGGUGAGGUUGAUGAAUAUGAAGAUGGUGAUGAUGAGGAAGGUGAAGAUGGUGAUGAGGAGCGUGAUGACAAUAUUGAUGAUGAGGAUGAUGAGGAUGAGGAUGAUGAGGAUGAUGAUGAUGAUGAGGGAGACGAUGAGGAGGAAGAUGAUUAUGAUGAUGAUGAUGAUGAUGAUGAUGACGAUGAAGAGGAGGAUGAUGAUGUGGAGGAGGAUGAUGAUGAUGAUAGUGAUAAUGAUGAUGAUGGUGAUGAUGAUGAUGGUGAUGUUGAUGUGAUGAUGAUGAUGGUGGUGGUGAUGAAUAUGAUGAUGAUGAUGAUGAUAGAUGAGGAUGAAGAUGAUGGUGAUGAUGAUGGUGGUGGUGAUGAAGAUUAUGAUGAUGAUGAUGAGUAUGAUAAUGGUGAUGACAAGGAUGAUGAGGAUAAUUUUGGUAAUGGUGAUGGUGAUGAUGAAGAUGAUGAUGAUGAUAGAUGAGGAUGAAGAUGUUGAUGAUGAAGAUUAUGAUGAUGAUGAUGGUGGUAAUGAUGAAGAUUAUGAUGAUGAUGAUGAUGACGGAGAUGAUGAUGAUGAUGGUGGUGAUGAAGAUUAUGAUGAUGAUGGAUGAAGAUGAUGGUGAUGAUGAUAACGGAGAUGAUGAAGAUGAUGAUGGUGAUGGGGAUGAUGAUGCUGAUGAUGAUAGAUGAAGAUGAAGAUGAUGUGAUGAUGGUGGUGGUGGUGAUGAAGAUUAUGAUGAUGAUGAUGAUGAUUAUGAUGAUGAUGAUGAUGACGAUGACAGAGAUGAUGAUGAUGAGGAUGAUGAUGGUGAUGAGGAUGAUGAUGAUGAUGGUGGUGAUGAUGAUGGUGAUGGUGAUGAAGAUUAUGUUGAUGAUGAUGAUGAUGAUGACGGAGAUGAUGAUGGUGAUGGUGAUGGGGAUGAUGAUGAUGGUGGUGGUGAUGAUGAUGGUGGUGGUGAUGAAGAUUAUGAUGAAGAUGAUGAUGAUGAUGAUGGAUGAGGAUGAAGAUGUUGGUGAUGAUGAUGAUGAUGGUGGUAAUGAUGAAGAUUAUGAUGAUGAUGAUGGUGAUGAUGAUGAUGGUGGCGGUGGUGAUGAUGAUGAUGAUGGUGAUGAUGAUGAUGAUGAUGGUGAUGAUGAUGGUGAUGGGGAUGAUGAUGAUGAUAGAUGAAGAUGAAGAUGAUGAUGAUGAUGACGAUGACGGAGAUGAUGAUGGUGAUGAGGAUGAUGAUGAUGAUGGUGGUGAUGAUGAUGGUGAUGGUGAUGAAGAUUGUGUUGAUGAUGAUGAUGAUGAUGACGGAGAUGGUG